AUGUGCCACUCGGCGCGCUGCGCCGCCCCCAUGUACAGCUCCAUCGUCAGCCUGGCCCUGGCCGACCUGCUCUACCUCUCCACCAUCCCCUUCAUCGUCUGCACCUACCUGGCCCAGGACUGGUACUUUGGGGACCUGGGGUGCCGCAUCCUGCUCAGCCUGGACCUGCUCACCAUGCACGCCAGCAUCUUCACCCUCACCCUCAUGUGCACCGAGCGCUACCUGGCCGUCACGCGGCCCCUGGACACCCUGAAGCGGUCGCAAGGCUACCGGAAGGUCACGGCGGGGGCUGUCUGGUCGGUCUCGCUGCUCCUUACUCUGCCCAUGAUGCUGAUGGUCACCCUGACCGAGGGGGGCAAGGCAGAGGGCAAGGUGAAGAGGAUGUGUGCGCCCACCUGGAGCGAGGACGCCUACCGGACCUACCUGACGGUGCUCUUCAGCACCAGCAUCAUGGCCCCGGGAAUCAUCAUUGGCUUCCUCUACACGCGCCUGGCCAGGACCUACCUGGAGUCCCAGAGGAAUCCCCCCCACAAGGAGAAGAGCAAGAGGUCCCCCCGGCAGAAGGUCCUCAUCAUGAUUUUCAGCAUCGUGCUGGUCUUCUGGGCCUGCUUUCUGCCGUUUUGGAUCUGGCAGCUGGUGCGACUCUACAGCAACUCCCUGCAGCUCACCAACCAAACCCAAAAGUGCAUUAACUACCUGGUGACCUGCCUGACCUACAGCAACAGCUGCAUCAACCCCUUCCUUUACACCCUGCUCACCAAAAACUACCGGGAAUACCUGCGCAACAGGCACCGCAACUUCUACAGGUUCACCUCCUCCUUUCGCAAGAGGGGCUCCAACCUGCAGUGCUCCUGGGGACGGUCCAUGUCCUCCAGCAACCAGUAUGACUACAGCUCGGAAGCCCUGGGCAUGGCCACGCUGAAGGACAAGUGA